AUGGUUCAGGAACUUUUGAGCCAUAUGAUUCAGCAGCAGCAGCAGAGUCAAACCAAUCAUCCAGUAGAAGAUCCAUCAGAUCAUUUCUUGUGGUUGGUGAUGAUGAUGAGAAACUUAGGUUUCCGAAAAUUUAAAGGAGAUCCAAACACGGUGUUAGCAGACGCAUGGUUGAAGGAGUUAGAAACAAACUUCGAACUAUCAAGGUGUCCAGAGGAGUUUAGGAGGCCUAUUGCAGUUAAUUUCUUGGAGGAAGAUGCUCGUGCAUGGUGGGAUAGUGUAGUUCCACGUUAUCGGUACCAGUCUAUCUCAUGGGAGACAUUUAAAAGGGAGUUUGGACAAAAGUAUUUUCCACCGGAGUCGCGUGACAGAUUGGAGAAUCAGUUCCUACGAUUGGAGCAAGGUCCUAAGAGUGUUCGAGCCUAUGGAAGAAUUUUCACAAGGCUUCGAAGGUACUUGUACCAAGGAAAUGAUGAUGAAUUAGCCAUGGCCCGGAGAUUCUUUAAUGGACUCAGGCCGAACAUAAAGGCAAGACUGCACGGAGUGACGUACAAAAGCAUUGCAGAAGUAGAGGAGAGGGCCGUCAGUGUUGAGGAGGCCAUUGAGAUGGAGAAAGGGGUAGUAACCCAAGAGAAAAAGGAGGAGCCAGUAUAG